GUCACUUUCAGUGCUCCUCAGUGCUGUGAAAUGUGGGUGUGCAAUGUAAUGAUUGGGUCAUUGUAAUGUUAAACGAUUUAUUCCCCAACCUACGCGCUUGGAGAGAGUAUUUUCUGUUCCAAUCGUCAAUGAAAAGGCGUGACUAUCCGAAAUAUUCGACGAAUAGUGAAAAACGGGCGGGAACUGGAGGUACUGGUUGAGGUCUUUUGCCUAGGUAGGCUGCAGCGUGUGUUUAUUGAUGAGAUGAAAGAAGAUGGAAGUGAGAAAUGAAACAAAGUAAAAAAAUAUAUUAAAAAACUCAUACUCUUGCCUGGUGAAAAACGGGGAAGGAGUGACGGGCAAUCGCAACAACAGCACGAAAACAAGUUUAGAGUAAAAGUUUUCGAAGAAAGUUAUCAAGGGCUGAUCACAGAGGCUACGAUCAAUUUGAAUAAAUUCUGUUUGAGACUGAUUUGAAUUCUUGAAAAGGGUACCAAUAAAUGUGGCAAGGUGAUAUUAGGUGCAAGGGGAUGACCGAGCGGGUUCACAACAUAAAUCUCCACAACUUCAGUAAUUCUGUACUCGAGACCCUCAAUGAGCAGCGUAACCGCGGACACUUCUGUGACGUGACCGUUCGCAUCCACGGGAGCAUGCUGCGAGCCCACCGGUGCGUGCUUGCUGCUGGGAGCCCUUUCUUUCAGGACAAGCUACUCCUAGGAUACAGUGACAUUGAGAUCCCUUCUGUAGUAUCAGUACAGUCCAUUCAGAAGCUGAUCGACUUCAUGUACAGCGGGGUACUGCGCGUCUCGCAGUCCGAAGCCUUACAGAUCCUUACCGCUGCCAGCAUUUUGCAGAUAAAAACUGUCAUUGAUGAGUGCACUCGCAUAGUCUCACAGAAUGUGGUCUUGGGUGGGGCUAGUGGCUUCCCCUUCAUUCGAGAGGACUCUGUACAGGAGACCCCCAGAGGUACCCCAGAGUCAGGAAGUUCGGGGCCUAUCAGCGACACGGAGUCGGGGUACAUGCAGCCUUCAUCGCAGCAAAGUUUGGAGCGUGUCUAUACGUCGCUCUACUCCUGCUCAAGCAUCUCACUGCAGAACGGCACUCGGGAGCAGUCGUUCUUCGGCGGAUCCAUCGUAGGCAGCUAUGACUCUGCCUCCGCAGCACAGAAAGACCAGAACGGACAGGAUCCAUCUUGGGUUACUCGCAUCCACGAAAGGACGCAGCAGAUGGAGCGUUUUCUCUCAACCCCGGAAACCACCCAUUGUCGGAAACAACCGCGACCGGUGCGCCUUAAGACAGACAGCAUGCACAUAAAGCAGGAGGUGGAGGAUGAUUACGGCUGUUUCGGACAAGGCCGGGAGCUGGAGGAAUGCGUGGAGGACGCUGAUCAAACCGAAGGAGCUGAAAGUGAGCCCAAGGGAGAGAGCUUUGACUCUGGCGUAAGUUCAUCCAUCGGCACAGAGCCUGACACAAUGGAACAACAAUACUUGUCAGGCUUUGGAAGAGAAGGUACUGGGGAGGUCCUGCAAGGGGACGAGCCUCCUUUACAAAUAGAGGUGACUGACUCCUCCCCAGAACAGAUGAAUGAUGUUGACGAUAGAGGCACAUCACAUAACACAGGGGAGCUUAGUCUCGGGCAGACGCCUGCAAAUCCCAUCAUAUCGCAGUCGCUGCCCAGUACACAGCUCUACAUACGUCAACCCGACUCUCUUACCAGCAACCUGAGAAUGCCUCUGACCUUGACCAGUAACACCCAGGUCAUGGGAACCGCUGGGAACACCUACUUGCCCACUCUCUUUGCCACACAGUCAGCUGGAGGCAACAAGCCCUUUCUGUUUAGCCUACCGCAGUCUAUGGGGGGCCAGCAGCCCCAGUUUGUGGCCGUGCCUCCUUCCAGUAUGCCCCCUUUUCCUAACCAGAUCGCAGCCCAGCAGCCCUCGACGCCGCAACAAGUUGGUGGAGGAAUGGGCCAGGGUGAGAAGAAGCCCUACGAAUGCACUCUCUGCAGCAAAACAUUUACUGCCAAACAGAACUAUGUAAAACACAUGUUUGUGCACACCGGUGAGAAACCGCACCAGUGUAGCAUCUGCUGGCGCUCGUUUUCCCUGAAGGAUUACCUAAUAAAACACAUGGUGACACAUACAGGGGUGCGAGCCUAUCAGUGCAGCAUCUGCAACAAGCGCUUUACCCAGAAGAGCUCUCUCAACGUACACAUGCGCCUGCACCGCGGAGAGAAGUCCUACGAGUGUUACGUUUGCAAGAAGAAGUUCUCCCACAAAACCCUGCUGGAAAGACACAUGGCACUACACAGCACAGGUGGGAGCGGAAUGACAGGGGUCCCCGGGGCAGGGCCGGGGACGGGAGCAGGGGCGGGAAGCCCCGUCUCCAUUCCGGUGCCCAUGGCUGUCUCAGAACCUGGUGCUGGAGCUGUGACCCUCUCCAUGCCUUUGAGCGGAGGAGCCGGAGUGGGGGUGGCGGCGGGGGUCGGCCCGGCGGGCAUGGGCGUGGCGGCAGAGGCUAGCUGCCAGGAGGGCACCACUUACGUGUGUUCCGUCUGCCCGGCCAAGUUUGACCAAAUUGAGCACUUCAAUGACCACAUGCGAAUGCAUGUGUCUGACGGAUAAGUACAAAGCAACGAGGACUUACAGAAAGGCACUAGAUUUUAUUUUAUUUUUUUUCCUUAUUUUGGGGUAUGAAGAGAAAUGAGUAUAGACACUGGCACAUUGUGUUUCCCAGACAAAACUAAAUUCUUUUUUGGUACUCUAAAAAAAAAACAAAGGAUGGUGGCCUUAAGGCUUUUGUAGUUCAGCGUCGGUCCACUGGAUGGACUCCUCACUACAGGGCCUCCAAAUGUAUCCUUUCCUCCAAUAGUCAUUUAUGUGUUGAACACCACCAAAAGGCCUACUAUCGCUAAAAAACAAUAUACACAAAUUUAUAUACACAAGCACACACACGAAACACACAAAUACCCAUAAAGCAUUGCAAAAGUAGACAUUUUCCUAUACAGACCAUUUUGGGCACUCUAUGAGUCCAAACGUACUGUGGUAUGUGGCUUCCUUCAAAAGAAUUUUUAAGUACCUGGCUUGUACUUUGAUUAAUUUUAAAAAUAUUGAUGGUCACAAAUUUGCCUUUUGUAUAGAAUAAGAAAAGGGGAGUUAUCAGUAUGACACUGGGUUAUUUAUUAUAAUGCUAUUAAGGGUUUACAUUGCAGCUAUUGUUAGAUACAAGUCAAUUUUCGUAAUUGUACAAUGUAACUUCCUGAAAGUGGUAUAAGAGUGAUCGUUCACUUCUUUGAUGCAUUUUGAUGGUUCUGGGAAAGUUUACGAGAUAGCAAUUUGUUUAUGUAACAGUAUUUCAGCAUUUUUUUUUGCUUACACUGCCACUAAUACCUUAGAAGACUGUUAAGGCUAAUUAUUGACCUCUUCCAGUUAGAAAAUGUGAGCUUAGAAGAGUAGAAAGUUUUAAAAUAGAGGUUUUUUUUAAUCAUUUUUAUAUUUUUGUUUAAGGACAUUAAGUUUGCAGUUUGGGCAGCAUUAUACUUGUAUAUGCCGCCAAUUAUUGUCUUCAUUUUAAUUGCUGCUCCUUUAUUGCAUUAAUUAACUUGCUUCAGACUGUUAUCAGCUGCUGUUUCCAUUUUUGUUUUUAAUCAUGGUUUUCAGAUUCACUUAAAGGUUUACCAAGAAUGAAGAUCACAGCAGUAGUCUGGAUUAGAUCAAGAAUUAUCAUGUUCAUUUUAAUUUCCCACAAAAAGAAAAACUACAACUGUCUCUGAAAACCUCUGCUUUUCCUCUUAGCAACUGCAUGACUGAUGACUAGGCAGUUCAAAGUAAAUGCACUACUUCUGAUACACUAGCACCACCUGGUGGAUAAAAGGGGAGUCUGUUUUUCUUAGGAGAAAAUAAACUCAAGGAUACAGAAGGAAGGCCUUUUUAUUCCAAUUUUUCAUAUUAUUAUUAUUAUCAUUAUUAUUAUUAUUAUUAUUAUUGCUGUUGUUGAUGUUAUUGUUAUUGGUGUUGUUUUGUGAUUAAUAAUUAUAAUGGCAAUGACAAUAAUAAUAAUAAUAAUAGCAGUUGUAUUAUAUGAUUUGCUUUCAGAAUAUAACAAACCAUGAAGAUGGAUAUCACAAUUACAUAAUAAGUACAUUCCCAUUUUUGGAAGUUCACAUAGAAAUACAAAGGCCGGAGUAUGACGUCAUGAAUUUAAUGGGUUAUUUAUGUGUCACUCAAUCACUCGGAUACUUGUUGCUUGUUGUAUUCCAUCAAGGCAAAGAAAUAAUGUUUCUGAAAAACACAACUGCCUAUGGUUAAAAUCUACAGAUUUUUUGCUCAUUAUUUGAGUAAUGGAUAUAUGUUGGAUAAUCUAGGAAAAAAAAAUCAUUACAGGCUGCAAUUAGUGUGACGUUUCCUUUUAGGAAAUUUGCUAAAUUCUAGACGAAAACAGUGCAGCUUUGCACAUAUCUUGCAAAUGCCUGUGCUUAAAUAUUGUUUAGUUUAAUAAAGGAAUUCUGGUGUUUUAUUAAUUUUUAAAUUAAAUAUUUUUCUUUAAAGCUUGAGAGAAGGACUGCAUUGUUUCCUUGCAUAUAUGUUGCACUGCUUAAACCAAUAAGUGCACUACUGUUACCAGAGUUGUUAUAGUUUUAGAGAAAAAUAAUAUUUUUUUUAAUUAAUGUUUUUAAGAUUUAGAAUUCAUUUUGUGUUAGAAUAGCUUUGUUCUUUUUAUAUAAAGUAAAUGUUUCUUAGCUUUUGUUAUUUCUUGCUAUGUAUGUAUUCACUUGUGCAGUAUUUGUGCAAGCAUUUUCCUUUGAAUCUGAACCAUUUUGUGACGUUAGGAUUUUUAUUCUCAUUUCUUCCUGUUCUUUUCAGUUAAUUCCCCAUUAACAGCAGUUAUUGUCAUGCGUUAGGUAGAGCAGUUCUGUUUUAAUAGCAUUCAUACCAAACUCUGUAAAGCACACACAAAAAACGAAAAAAAAUCUAGUUAGAAAGAAAAAAAAAAAAAUCAUACUCACUGUUUUUCUGCACGUGUGGCUAUACCUGAUGCUAUGUAGUUUAUGAUCAGUUUUUUGUACAGCAUUUCACAUUCGCUCUGGAAAAUGUGUACGCUUCUGUUUGUGUGACUGUAUGUAUGUAUGUGUGUGAGAGAGAGAACGUGAUGUAUUUGUCCUGGUCCAGGUGUGAUUUCUGAAAAGUGGGGCUUCCUUUGCAAUAUACAGUGCAGGUACUGAUGAGAGAUAGCUGUCCUAGAUAUAUCACUGUUCUCAGCAUCACUGAUUAUGUGCAGUGUCUUGUAAUGCACAGCUUUGAACUCCUCCGUGAAAACUUUAAAUAGGCCUUUUGUUAACCCUGCCCUUUCAUUGAAUGAAAAUAAAUAUUUUCCAUGUUAAGUCCUGUUUUAGUUUUGCUGAAUUUUAACUGGAUACAGAAAGUAGCAUUUAGAAAGACCCUAUUGCACUAAAUAUGUUUAAAUAUAUCCAGCUAUUUAAAAUGGAAAAUUGAACAUGUCUAGUAACUCGUUUAUUAAAAUACCAAAUUCACACUCUGUGGUGGCUUCAUCUAGUAAUGUGACACACAUUUCUGUGUGUUUUGUUUUCCGUUUUAGAAGGUGUAUCUAUGUAAUGUAAAAAAUAACAAAAACAAAAAAACUGACCACAACUGUAACUUUCGUAAGCUAAUGUGUGUGGGUAUUCUUACAAUCCAUAAACUGUGACUGCCUUCAGUACAGUAAAAUUGCCAGAGAUACAUUUAAAGUUUCCAUUAUGGAUAUUUUACUGUGUCAUUAUCUGAUUAUUCUGAUUUUUAAAGUUCAUUAUAACAAAUUUUGCCAAGAAUUUUGAGAAUAUUUUGAAAGGUCAUGGCAGUGGCGCUGCAUUUUAGGACAAAACCAUGAAAUUUAUAGUUAUUGGAGUUAAAUUCAUACGUUAUGCAAUGCUUACAGCACUUAAUUUACUUUAUAUUUCUGAGCAGUAAUAUAUGGUGCCUGUGUUGACCCAGCCUUACAUUGUCCUUAAAUUUAAGUAAGCAUUCACAACAAAGGUGAAUUAUGGGGGGAAAAAAUAUAAAUUUGAACUAUAUAACUAGAGGAAAAAAGUUAAGUGGUGAUGUAUAUAUCACCAUGUGAACGAGAAAAGUCUACUAAUAUGCAGAUGCCUUAUUAUAAAACCAUUGAAAACUAAUAACUGGAAAGCAUAGGUGAAAUGAGCCUUAACUAUAGACAAACAGCUUUCAAGCAUAAAAUAUAUGCAAUCAGUAUUCCUUUUUGUAAAAAAAAAAAAAAGAAAAUUCCUUGACACUUGAAACUUGAGGCACUACCACAAAGAUCAUAAAAUUGUCACUGCCAGCGGUAGUGUGUAAAUCAGAACCCAGAAGUAUAUCUAUUAUAUAUAUAUAUAUAAUAGAUAUAUCGAUAUAGCGAUAUAUCUCAUCAGCGUUUUUUCUUUCAAAAAUCCCACAAACAUAUUAUUGUGCAUUUUAUUUAUCGUUAGUAAAAGGAGACACCUAAGUAACGUGAGUAAACUUUUUCUUUCUUUUUUUUUUUUACUUUGGCUAUUUAAAGAAAUACCUUGUUUCUAUUUCCACAUAAUUAUCAACAGAAUUACAGCCCAAAAAAAUCAGUGGAUGCUAUGAAAUUUGUUCAUCCUAUAAAAUAGUCAUAGGGCUCUCACCUUGUCUUAAAAACAAAAACACUUAAAUCUAUCAUUUCUUCAAGAUUCUUCUUAUGUAAAUCUACUUAGGUCUCUCAUAGUGUUAGAAACUCAUUGUUCAUUCAUUGAAGUUGAUAUACUGCCAAAUUGAAGCGUAAUGGUGUCUUAUUUGUAGGCUAUUUUUUUCCCCACGGACAGGAAACACGUCUCUCACCUGUUUGUUUAUUAAUAAUAACCCCUCUCAUUAGAAAAAUGGACAGCAAGCUUACUCACAGUCUGAUUAUGCUGCUUUAGCGAUGGUUAGAGAUCAUUGACAUUGAUGUGAUAAUUGUUUGUUACAUAUUCUACCGCAUGUUACUGUGUUACAUGUAUGGCCUGAGCUUUUAAAACUUGAAGAUAAAAAAAAAAAAUCUCUCUCCAUUUUCCUCAGACCCAAAUUUUCUACAUAAAUAUUUAUUAAUAGGCAUAGCCUCUUUCAGGUACUUUUUUCAGCCUUGAGUGAAACUUAAAACUGAAAUCAAUAACUUAACACAAUAAUUGCUGGAUGAGUAGAAUGGAUUGGCGCGUCCUGCUGUAAGUGAAACGGCUGCAUUUAGCGCAUGUGAGUUACAUUUAGAGGGUACCUAUUUGACCUGAGGUCAGAAAGCAUCCGAGCGACUGAUAUUAUCUCAUCAGGUCAAUAUUUGAAAGAAACAAACUGAUGCUCAAUUUUGACAUUAUUGAUAUAAGUAAGGAAAGUGCUACAGAACAGCUGCACAUACUCCAAAUGUACAAUGUAGACCUUAAAUAUUUUAAGUCGUAUGUUUUUAAUUUAAACAAACCUCCACUGAUACAAAUAGGUUUUUAAUCAUUACUUUUUGUGUUGUUUUUUCAUACAUUUACGGAACACAUUCAUAUAAAUAAUUUAGCAAAAAAUACGUUCUCUGUUUUAACCAAAACAUUAUUUGGUCUUGCAUGUUGUACUGUAUUUACAUAAGAUAGACAAACAUUGUAUAUAUACACAAUUUGCUUAAUACUUUUUGUGCAGUGAAUUUGAAUUAUAUUUGUCUAUUAUUUGUUUAGCUGUAGUUUUCCUCUAUAUUGGUUUUCUUUGCAUUUAUGAAAUUGCAGUAACUAGAUUUUUGAAUACAGUAUUUAGUGGGUAAAGGAUAAUAAGCCAUUAAUGUCUCUACAUGGGCAAACUUUCAGAUAUGGAAGUUUUUUCUGUAUGAAAUUGGACAAGACUGAAAGUUAACAUUUUGCACUGAAUGCAAAGAAAAUUGUUGCUGAGAUAAAUUUAAAUUGAGGACAAUAUGAAAAAAAUGUAUGCGUUUAAUUUCUGCAUGGUGAAAUCAUUUUGUAUAUCCUGAUUUCACAGCGUCAUGGAAAUAUCCCCUGAUUUGGAAUUAUGGCAUAAUAAUAAUAAAAAUAAUAAUAAUAAUAAUAAUAAUAAUAAUAAUAAUACUAGUUGGUUUAACUGCACUAAAAGUCACAUUUUAGCACUUAGGUGAGCAGAUCUUCCUAUUUUAAAACAUGAAAUUUAACAUGGAUUGUCUUUUGGGAUACCUGUUAGUCUUUUGGCAUACCUGUUAGUAGCUGACAUACCCAUAAAAGUAACUGUUAACUUAACGGUGAGAUUGAUUGAUUAUUUUAGUUUUUCUGUUUGUGUGUGGCUGAUGUUUUUUCUACGUGAUUUUAUCUGCUUCUAAUUUGAUUUGUAUUAAAUGACUAUGGUAAAUAUCUACAAUUCUCAGUAUAGCAUUAUGUACCAGUUUAAUUAAUGGACACCAUUACUAUUUACUUCAGUAGUACCACUUCACAAGCCAAUAAACUCAUAUUUUGUAUUUACACAACUCUUUUACUAUGGAACACUUUUUACAGGCACUAAACUUUUUAUCCAUCAACAUAUCUUACAGAUUAUAAGGAUGGCUUAAGAUGUAAUACUUUCUUGCAAGCUUUUAUAAACUAGUGUUAAAGUAUAUUGGUAGUCUAUGUAUCAAGUGCCUAUUUGUAUAGAAUAAAGUCAUUUUCCUUAGUAGAUGUUUAAAAUAUCACAAUUUACCAUUCAGCAUAUAAUUGUAACAUGUAUUCUAAUGUACAGUAUACAUUUAGAAAACGUUGGCAAGUUUUUUUUUUCCGAGAAAUCGAUACUUACAAGUCUAUCUAGAAAUAACCGGUCGUCAUACUUCUAAAUUAUGAAGCAGCAAUAAGAAACAAACUGGCAUAUGGAUCUUUUUAUUUAAACAAAUGUGUAUUUUAGUGGAAUAAGCAGUGCAUGUUUACGUUUGGAUGGAGACAACAUUGCAACAUUUAAGUAUUUUUAUUUAUAUCCUGUUUGAUAUAUUUACCAUUGAUCGCUGAUUUUAGCUCUGUAAUUUCCCUGACUUCUCACAUGUCACAUUUUUGAACAUUGUGCAGUUAUUAAUGUGCCAUUUCUCUUUGCUCUUCCUUACAAUAAUAAUAUUUGAUGGUGCAGAAUAACCAAAGCAGGAUCAUUAACAAGAUUUUUGUUGAUCUUUCCUAAUUAAUAUUUUUUAUAUUUGGUUAUUGUUGAAUCUAGCUGACAAUAACAGUAGGUGUAAAUUUUAAAACUGUAUACUUCCCUCAAAUAAUUAUUUAUUUAAAAUAUCAUUUUAGUUUAGUUUUUUUUUUUUUUUAAAUCAUGUUUACUGUGUUUUUACUUUUUGGAUGUUUCUCCCCUAGCAAGUCAUAAUUAAGAAUUAUGACAUCAUGUAUCUUUAAGAAAAUCAUCUGUUUCUUUAAAGCUGUGCUUUUGCCCUUAAUGUUAAUAAUGGUAAUAAACAAUACAGUUAUUUUCAGUAAUUUUUAAAUAUAUAUUGAUUCCAAAAGUUACUGCAAUCACAAUUGUUACAGAAGAGAAACAGCAAAGGAGGUCUAACUGAAGAGUGGGUUAACUCACAGUCAUAAUCAAUAGUGCAUUCAUUUCAGUGCUUUGUGAAAUAACAAAUACAAAUUUUAUUGUAUCCCGAACCACAACAUUUAUGUUUGUAUAACUAACUUGAAACAUGCAUAACUUUACUGCCCGGAAGUCAUUUCUCAGAAAUUGCAUGAAUAUGCUUAAAUAUACACACAUAUGAAAGUCCUUGUACUUAAAACCUUGACCUGGACCCACGGAAGCACGACAGUACGCUCUUCCUACAGGUCUUUUGGCAUCAUCACAGUUUUCACUCAAACUGUUUUCAUAAUACAUCAUGGGCAUCCCAUGAAGCCAUUAAAAUUUGUAACCUUUUUAGAGAUUCAUAGUAUCUUUUCCCGAAUUAAUAAAUCCAACACAACUUCAGAUUCAGUUAUUCAAAUCAUUUAAUCUGAUUUUACCUACUGUGAAUUACAAUAUGAGCAGUUUCAAAAUGAUAUAUUAAAAAAAAUGAACAAAGUACAAGGAAACAUGACAACAAUGUAACUGAAAGUCAUUGUUUUGGGGAGAAACAUUAUAGGUUUUAUCAGUACAAAGUGUAAUGUAUCCUAACCUUCUCUACAUGUGAUUUAGAAUCGAUUGAUUUAGGUCCUGCGUAUGAUUUUUGAUUCAUCAUAUCAAAUAUAUAAACAGAUAUCCUGUGCAAAGAACAAUUGAUUACAUUUAUUUAAUAUGACAUAUGAUAUACUUCUGUAUUACUUCCAGAACUGAAAAAAAAGUUAAGAUUUACAUAUUGUGUGCAAGCAAUCAAAUUCUGAUAACAGUUGAGACUAAAAAGGUUUAAUAACAGCCAUUAAACUUUUGAAGCAUCUUCAUUUAAUUAAGCAAAUUUCUCUAAUAGUGAGUAGGAGCAGUGUUUGAGAAUUUCUGUUUUGUACUUUUUUUAUUCAAUGUAGCAUUUCGGCCUAAGUGUUACAUCAUUAUUUCCAGAAAAGAACAGUAUUUGAAAAAUAUGACACCCCCCCCCCCACAAGCACGCAGAGUGAAACUGCUUUGAUAUGAAUUUAUAAAGUCAUAUCUCAUGAUAAAAUGUAUUCCGAUUUGGUGCAGAAUAUACAGUAUAUAACUGAAACGUAUAUUUAUAUAAAAAAAGGAUUUUGGGUGCAGUUCAGUUUGAUCAGUUUUAUGUAGAAUAUAGUUUCUUGUAAUAAUAUGUUAAACAAUUAGACUGAACUCCAAUCUAAGUCCAACUGAAAAGAAUGAAUAUAUGAAUGUUAAUUGAAGUUCCAUGUAGAAUCCAAAUAAAUGUCAUAUAUAUAUAUAUAUAUAUAUGUUGUCUAACCAAGAAUGUUCCCAUCAACUGAGCUCCCCAUCAGGUAUUUUGCAGUCAUAAAUCCCUUUAAGGAACUGACCUCUUGAUUCUUGAAUGUUGACAAAAGUAUAUUAUGUAUUUUUCAUACAUUUAUUUUUUGUUGUGAUUUCAGUAUAACUGUAAUAUCUCAUGUUAUUUUAAGAAAGGCUAUAGGUACCAGAGUCAAAAUUUGUCUUCAGAGUAGGAUGUCAUACAGGAAGUUUGCAGACAUUGUGCAAACACUGUGCAUUAUUUUCUUUCAAUGCCACAGAAAUAAUGACAUGAAAAUUAUGUGAAAGUUAUGCCCUUUAAACCAACAGUGCAAUAGAUAGUGAUGUCAGCUUAUACAAAAGAUAAAAACUUCAUUUGUUUCAUUAGUUAAAUGACCAAAAAUACGUAGCAAAUUUGACCACCAAUAUUGUCUGUGCCUUAUUCAGUAUCAAUAUUUAGUAAUACAGUAGUUUGAGCAUCUAUAAAUCACCUGUCUUCACCAAGUCAUUAUUUGAAAAUAAAUACAUUUAUUUUAUACAAGGUGGCCCAGAGGAAACUAUCCCAAAACACUGAAAUCUGGGUUUGAGAGAAAAAAAACACAAAUCAAACACAGAAUUUUUUUGACCAGUACUUUAAGUUGUAGAAAUGAACAGAUAAAUAAAAAUGCAAGUUAUAUAUUGUUUUUUAUGAAAAAUAUUUGACAGAUAUUCAGAUGAAAUUUCUUCGGUUUAAUAUGGAUUCCACAUGAUGCUGGGCUAUUAUAUAAUUUCUUUAUACUGUUGAUGCCAGAAUGCUGCCUUUUAUUUUUACUUGAAGUGACUUGAAUUCUGAGUAACUGCUAACAAUGAGCACACAUUUAAUUAAAGCUAAUUCAUUUAGACCUGGACAUUUCAAAUCUUAGUCAAAGGUUGUUUUCCCACACACCUACCUGUAAGCUUUUGCUGUUAGGUGAGGGAAUUAAGUAAGUGCAUAGCUCCAAGUGUCUGCUCUGAAAUGACUUGUUUCCGCGGUUGUUAAGUUUAUGCUGAAAUGCGAGUUAGUUAGUGUUUUAAUACUGUAUGACAGUAUUGUGGUAUAGAAUGUACCCUUGAUGGCCUAUACCCAUGAGAGUACAACAUACAUAGAAUGAAACAGUGAAAGGAUGCAAGCACUUUGUUAUAUAUAAUGAGAAAUAUUUAUGUAGAUUCUCUAAUGAACUGGUUUCUUUAUAUUGCUGUACAAUUAUGGCCUUCCCAUUCUUAAUAAAAAGGCCUAAAAAUAUAUUUUUAUUUGUUAGUUAUUGAUUUAAGCAGGACACAGCACAGGACUGGACAGAUGCCUGAAAUGGAUUCAUUGCGCACUACUUUGUGAGAACAUUUUAUUAUUUGUUUAGUACUAUGAGGCACUUAUCUGAAUAGUUUGUCACCAUCUAUUGUUGACCAAAGGUAUUGUUUUUAAGGCAAGAUUUGGUUUGUAUUUAACAUAAUUAUGCCCCCCGUUUUAGCACUCAGACCCCUUGUGUUGAACAUGCUACAUACUAGCGAGCUGAUUUUUUUAAAUCAAAGUCCACUAGGGGCCUAUGGCAGGUAGACAUUGACUCCAUGGUUGUUGUAUUUCAUGUCUGAGGUUUAUGUUCUAUAAUGGAUGAAAUAAUAUGAAAAUAGCUGAGUAUAGAUUCUCAGCAUAAAAGCAUUUGCUUUCAAAUUGGCAGUGCUAACAUGUAAUUUGAUCCAUUAAUAUGUGUAAGAAAAUUUUAUUGUACCAGGAAAAAUAUACAAUUACCACCUGAAAUAAAUGUUCGGCAAAGGUAAACAGAUCAGGUUUUACAAGUAAAAUUACUCAUGACUGAUAAUCACCAAUACAGUAAAUUUCUGUCAGGAGUAGACUGACAUAGAUAUAAUGCUUAUUUGUUCUAUUUGGGUUGUUGUGGGUUGAUGUGAGAUAAAAAAAAAAAAAAAAAAAAAAUUUGUCAACCCUGCCAUUACAUUACUGGCUUAACCUAGAUGGGUAGGUUCUAACAGUGACUAUUGUACAUUAUAUUAGUUAAUAAUCAGAACUGACAUGCCAUUCUUGUUCAACAGCUUUUAUAACAAAUACAUUUUUUGUUAAAUUCCGUAAAUCAGACCAUCUUCUGGUGUGCCAUAACGCAGAGGGGAAAAAAAAACUUUGAUCCACUUAACUCAGAAAAUAAUACUACAAGCAUUACUUUGGGCAGUGCUCUUCUCAAAGAAUGCCAUUCAGAUCAGUGCUGAAGCAGUGUGAAUGCUGCAGAGAUCCAGCAAACCCAUAUGUGAACUAAUGUCACUUAAGCUAGUUUAAUCGAGGGUCUGGAUUAUGCCACAAAUUAAAUAAUUUUCUGUUACUGGUCAGAAUUAUAACAUUUGCUUUAUUUUUUCCCCCUGUGUUUAUUUUACUUCUAUAAAAAUAUAAAAUUAUAUAAUUUAACAUUUAUGGUAAUUGCAGUGUAUUUCUUGAACAAAUGGAACAACUAGUUUGGUGGGACACAUUAGUUACAAAUUUGGAACAAUCAAUCGAUACAGCAGUUUUAUAUUGUUUUUUUUUUAAAUUCUACCCAGUGUAACAUUGUAGACAAUCUAAUUAGAAUAGAGUCGAAUUGUAGUAUGUCUUAACAUGCUGGUAUUUUAUUUGUAAAAAAUUUUAGGUAGUGUUAAUUCCCAGAAGCUUCCAAAUUCAAGCAAUUAGGCAUUUCAUUAGGAACUCUCCAGAUAUUCACUAGAGAAAUUAUCAGCUUUGUUUAUACCAGUCCUUUAAUUUCAAAAGGUACGGCAAUCCUGAAGUGAUUUAUGUUGAAAAUUUCAAAAAUACGUUUUUUUUUCUUUCCAAUUAAGGACCAAAUGGGAUGGUAUAUCGACAUUUCUUCUUUAAUUAUAAGAAAAAGCAAGUACAAAUAACCAUCAUUUAAUUCCAAAUCAUAUUUUAAUUGCACACUGGGAAAUUUUUGAUACUGUGUGAAGACAAGGUCAAUCACAAGUUGUGCAGGAGUGGUCAGCAUGAGUGAGGCUGUGGCUGGUGUCCUGUGUUGCGUCGUCACAGAGCCAGUACCCCUGAUCUCUGCUUAAAUAACUCUUUCUGGUGAAUUUGUUAUAGAAAAUGAUUACUACUUUGCAUGAUUAAUUGUCUUGUUGAUGGGACACUAAUAAUGAGUAACAGUCACCAAUACAUUACAGACUGAUAUAAAUGAUGUUUUAUUUUGUUAAAAAGCCUGAGUCUGCAUCAUUCCAGCUUAGCACACUAGUCAAAUGGAUUAACUAAUGAGUAAUACUUCAACAUACUAACUCAGUGUAAACGUGAGUCCAGUUUGGCAUGACAUUCUCAGUGUCUCCUUAUUUAAUAACACAUUGUAAAUGUAACAUUACAAUUUUACUACCGGAAAUCAGAGUCCCUGAUCAUUUUAAGACCGUAAACUGAAUUUUUAUUUUAACUUUUUCUAUAUCCCGUAUUUCUGGAAGAGACCCCUGUUAUCCAGUAUUGCCUAUAUUUUGUACCGUGUUAGAGAACCUAAAGAUAUUUUUAUUGCCCAUCUUUUUGGCAUUCUCAUUCGUAAUUUCAUCUUGAAUUACAGAUAAAUAAUAAUAAUAAUAAUGAUAAUAAUAAUAAUCUUGAAAACCAAGCUUUUGUGGUAUCUAAAUGGAAAAACCAAGUUUGCCCUUAAGAAUAUGCUGCAGUAUUUUUGUUUCAACUUGUAUUCGUGUGUUCUUGUGUUCAGAGAUGGUUUAAAUAUGUUUUUAUUGUUGUGAUGAAAUGAAACAAGUUUGUUAUGUUUUAUAACUGCUGUUUUGAGGUAGAUAGUAAGUGGAUUUAUUUAAAAAUUGUGGGUGUUUGACUUGUCAGAAACACUGGGGACUGUGAGUGUGUUUCCAAAUAUUUAAUGACUAAGGACUACAAUUAAAGAACUAAACAUAAUCAUUGUGGAAAUCAACAUUUUUAUUCCCAUUAACCACAAAGGUUGCAAAGCUACCGUGUUUCAGAGGGAACUGUUUAGAAUGAGCACUCAUCUUAACUACUCAAAUUUUAUCAGUAUAUAAACAGGAAGGCAGGAUAUUUUUACCCCCAGUUCAUUUGGUUUGGCACUGGAAGUAUUGAUUAAAGUAAGCAGAGGUGAAAUGUAUGGCACUGGUAUGAAUGACACCCAGUUAUGGAGAUAAAAUAAAGCAAAUCAAGUGGCAAAAUCUAUAUUCUAUAUUCCCAACUGAAAUAGUACUGCACAUGUAAUAAAGGUGAAAAAAAUAGCUGUUAACAUGACUAAUGAUCCCAUGACAAAGCGGUUCAAAGAUUUGCACGAGUCAGCUAUGUUUUCUUGGAUUAAUAGCAAUAUACUUGAGAGGAUAAACACACUUGCAAAUCAAAUAAAUUGGAAAAAAGAACUCUGUAUUGCACUAUGAUAGUGCAGUGUAAAAGAUGGCAUUUGAGAAGGAUUUUUAAUUUCUGCAUUGAUAUGUGAAAUCUGUAGUUAUACAUUUCAGGCAUGUUACCGUUGAGGUCUGUAUGAUGAUAUAUGAUAGCUUGAACACAUUAUUGAAUUAUUUUGUUUUAUUUGCAAUUAAACCAUUAAUAGUACAAUAGGUAAAAUAGAGAACAAUAGAGAACAAUAGAGUUGUGGGCACAUGAUUUUCUGUUUGUUUCCUCUAGUGAUAUGUUUGGACAAAUGGAACUGCACUUAAAUGCCUUUAGUGUAAUUAUACUUAAUAAGAAUUUUAAAAUUGGAUGAACACCAAAAUAAACUUGUUAUAUAAAAGGAUUUUUUAAAAUUGCCUUUCACAGUAAAGUUUCUCUUCUCUGACUAAUGGAAGGAAAAAAGCGGAUUUAAAGGCUUAAAGGCUUUCAAGAAAGAUUGAUAUAUAAAAUCAGUACACUCAUGAUCGUAAUGAUUUUUGUUGUUGUUGUUAAUAAUAUCAUCAUUAUUAUAAUUAUAAUUAUAACACUAAUAAUAAUAAAAUAAUCUAGAAUGAAUAAAAUAGCAAUAGUAGCUAUCCUGUUAUUACAGCUUUGUGGUGUUGCUGAAUAACGAUGUUGCAGUUUGUCUAAAUCUGUUGCGUGUUUGAGGAAGCAAAGGUAUGUGCCUUCUUGUAGUUUUUUGGUGAGCUUAUUGCUGUUCAAAAGCUGAAGCCAGCCAAUUGUGUUUGCACUAAAACCAAAUGCUUUUGUGAUGUAGAGUGUGUAAGUAAGCGUGUUGCUUCACUUUGACAGUAUGCAUGAGUAUGAAAUUGGCAAGUCCCAGGGCUAGGAGAAUCAUUUGUCGAAUCACUGCUUAGAAAAUCCCCAGAAAUAAUCUAUAUUCCAUGUUGUUUUUAGAUUUGGUACUAUCCCAUCUCAACAUAAAUAUUUAUACUGAUCUAUAAUUCCACUAAAAAUAAUUCCAUUCAAUAAAUAGUUGUGAUACAUUAAAAAAAAAAAAAUGAAAACAUGGUUUUUGUAUGAAAAUGCACUUACUGUUGUAAUAUAAUGUAUGAGGUCGCCUCAAGACCAUUGGCCAGUUUGUUUGGUUUAUUUAUGUAAUUAUAUUUUCUGUUGUAGACUUAUUUUCUUUGACAAAAAAAUUAGUUGAAGAAAAAAAAACAAAUGCUUUGUCUUUAAAAUGCACCUUAUUCAUGCUGAUCUGUAAGGAGCUGAUUGGCAGUCCAGUAUCUCUGUUUUAGUACUUUACUUCACAGCAUGUUUUACUGAAAUGUAUUCUUUGGUUGUUUUCAACAUUAUGCUUGUUUUACUAUACUGCCAUACAUAUUAAUAAAAAAACCUUUAUCUAUUUUCUAGAAAUAUUUAAAGGGAUGUGCCAAAGUGUUAGAGGCGAUCUCCCAAGUUCAUUUAAAUUUUUGUUUGUACAUUCUUCUUCCCUCUUUCUUUAGUUACAGCAAUGGUAUGUGCUUUAUAAAAUCAUACAUGUACACUCUAUAAGUGCGUUAAACAGUUUAUUUUAGCAACCGUAUCCUUACUUGACAUUUACACUUAGCCCUGUAUUUCACGUAUAUUUACUAGUGAUGUGUAUAUGUCAUAAUAAAGAAAAUUGCCGUAAUGCUUCAUUAUGUUACAUAUUAUUGUGACUUUUUUCGAAAUACUGUGAAGACUUAUCUUGCAUAUACUUUAUACAGAAGUAUUAAGCCUUAAUACAAAAGUCUAAAAAAAACUUGGUGUGGAAGAAUAAACUGAUUGUUGCUAAGUAAGGAUGAUUUUUUGUAAAUGUUACCAGCACUUUUUUGUAAUUUUCACUUUCUGAGGUAUUGUACAAGUUCACGCUGUUUGUGAAGUUUGAAUAUGAAGGAAUAAAAACUCUAGUACUUUCCUGUACAUUA